AUGUUAUAAGGCAGUGCCCAUUCCAGUUAGAGUAUAGUUUAAUGGGUUUAACUUAACCUGAGUCGGGUUAAUGACGCCAUAUGCUGGAAUCGUCCAAUCAAAACUUAACCGCCAUAUUGCUGGUUGUGCGAUUCGGUCAUGUGCGAAGGACAACUUUCGCCGUGCUUUAUGACGGAGUCGACCUACUGUUCUUUCUUAUACUGUGGUCUAUCUUUGUUUGGCAUACUGGUCGUAUCACUCCCACCCAACCAAUAUCCAAAGAGUGGGUACCAUUAAAUAAGAAGAAUCCUAUCUUUGUAUUUCUUGCUAUUAUCCAAAUAUCAACAAGUUGUAAAUGUAUAACAACCAUAAACUAAAUUUUUGUCAUUUUUUAAAAUAAAAAUUGAUCUAUCAUUCUUAUUUUUAAUUGCGUAAAUUAAGCACCUGUUAUUUUUUAUAUCUAAACGGUUGUCGAAAAUAAUACCAUGACUACUGAUAUAGUGGCAGUGUUAAAAGAACCAAGAAUGAUAAAAAUAUGUGCCCCAAUGGUCAGAUAUAGCAAGCUACAAUUCAGAACACUUGUGAGACAGUAUGGAUGUGAUAUAUGUUUUACACCCAUGAUCUUGGCAGACUCAUUUGUGCAAUCAUCAAAAGCUAGGGACAAUGAAUUUACUACACACAAAAACGAUCAACCACUGAUCGUUCAAUUUGCAGCUAAUACUGUAAAUGAUUUUGUCGAUGCUUCAGUGAUGGUUGCACCAUAUUGCAACGGUGUAGACCUAAAUUGCGGUUGUCCUCAACGUUGGGCCAUGCAAGAAGGAUACGGGGCUGAUUUAUUAAAAAAACCAGAACUAGUCAAGGAUUUAGUGUAUCAAGUUAGAAAUCGUAUUCCAAGGCCAUUUACUGUAUCCGCGAAGAUACGUUUGUUGAAAGAUAUACGUCAGACAAUAUUGCUGUGUCAGACUUUAGAGAAGGCUGGCGCUUCGUUUCUAACAGUUCACGCGAGAACCCCGAAAAUGCGCAACGAACCAAUCGAUUUGGAUAGCCUCAAGUUUCUUAGAGAUCACGUUCAGCUGCCUCUCGUGGCGAACGGCGACGCGAAAAGCCUGGAAACUGCGAAAUCCUUAUUUAAAGAAUCUAGAUGCGAGGGAGUGAUGUCCGCCAGGGGUAUUUUAACCAAUCCAGCUUUAUUCUCGGGAUACUCUGUUACUCCACUCACCUGCAUUCAAGAUUGGUUGAACAUCACAUCAACCAUACCGACUGAAUUCCAAUGUUUCCAUCAUCAUUUAAUAUUUAUGUUGGAAAAGAUCUUGCCGAAGAAAGACCGAACGUUAUUUAAUAGCCUACAAAGUAAAUCGUCUGUGUUGGAAUUUUUAAAAGAUUAUUACGAUGUAAGACCAAAUACAUCUAACUCGACAGAAUUGACCAGGUGUAACUUUAGUACCUCGCACGUGCAAUGUAAAGAAAAAUAUAUUAAUUGUUGGGAGGACGAUUCAACUACCGAUUUUCUAAGAUGUAUGUUUAAUACAAAUUUGUAAAAAGGAAGUUUGUUAAUAAACUUUAAAAAAGCCCGCUGCAAAAGUCA